AUUUUGUAUAUUUUUUAUAGCUAGUAAGUUGACGGCAAUAUUGAAACUGCCAAGUCAAGUCUACAGGACAAGCAUUUAAUGAAAUUGUCUUCUACACUUCAACGGAAAGACCAAUUUCAGUAUAAAAGAUACACUUAGAAGAACUGGAUGACUAUGACUUUAAAAAACAGUGUGCAAAUUCUUGAGAGCAAACUCUACAAUUUCUACACAAGAAUUCAAACCAAGAGCCUGGAAGAUAUUUUUCAAAUCCUUCAUCCAACUCUUAUAAGUUCGUCUUUGUUCUUCAACAUCUCUGAAAUCUACAUCUACACAUCCUGUGCGGAGCACGUUGGAGAAAAACCUUCGAACACUUUCAAAGUAUUUUUCUUGCAAAAGAAGGGCGCCAAAGUUACCAAAGUGAAGUGGGUAUAUACUUCAACCAAGCUCGGUGAAAAAGCCAGUUAUCAGGAAGCAAGGAAGUGCAUCUGGGUGACAAGGAUACUCCAAAACUCCCAGAAAGAAGACUUCCAAAUUCUGUAUUUUUGUACUGUAAAAUCGAAUCGCGUAUUUCUGUACUGGAGUUUCAAAACUCCCGUAUUUUUGUCAUUUCCUCACAGGAAAGACCUAAUACGCCGCAUGGAGGAAGUAUAUGAACAUGAGAUGAUGAAGUGUGUUAAGCAAUUUAUUUCAUGGUAUCACGUUCCAGACAAUAGAGCUCGUGUGCACUUGGUCCUUAGUCGUCCAAAUCCAUAGAAAUAUUUCAUCUAGACAUCUAGUGAGGGCCCUGAGCAAUAGGUUUCAGUGCAAUUGUCUCAUCCUCUAUCCUCUGCAUCGAUUCUAGUUGCAAUCACGCCGCUCAUGUUGAGCUCAGACUUGAAGACAAGUGACGAAGAAAAUGAUUUCGAUCGAAAUAGGAAUUUGGAAAGGGACAGACAAACGAAAUGGGAAAUGAGAAAAGAAAAUGAUGCAGAGUGCAUAUGGAGAAUUGAAGAGAGAGGAGGAAAGAGCAGAUGGUGAGA